CAAGCCACACCUUCGUCCCCUCCUCUCCUCCCCCAAAACUUUCCCCACUCCACUCCAAUUCAAUCCAAUCCCGAACCCUAGCCACCAGGUCCGGCGGUACAUGACCCACCUCUCCUCCUCCUCCUCCGCCCCAGCGGCGGAGGCCACCUCCCUCGCCCCAGGGUUCCGCUUCCACCCCACGGACGAGGAGCUCGUCUCCUACUACCUCAAGCGCAAGGUCCUCGGCCGCCCGCUCAAGGUCGACGCCAUCGCCGAGGUCGACCUCUACAAGCUCGAGCCCUGGGACCUCCCCGCCCGCUCCCGCCUCCGCUCCCGCGACUCCCAGUGGUACUUCUUCAGCCGCCUCGACCGCAAGCACGCCAACCGCGCACGCACCAACCGCGCCACCUCCGGAGGCUACUGGAAGACCACCGGAAAGGACAGGGAGGUGCGCCAUGGCCCCAGGAUCGUGGGGAUGAAGAAGACGCUCGUCUUCCACGCCGGACGCGCACCCAAGGGCGAGCGCACCAACUGGGUCAUGCACGAGUACCGCCUCGAGGGCGAAGAAGCCGCUGGGAUCCCACAGGACUCGUUUGUGGUGUGCCGGAUCUUCCAGAAAGCUGGUCCAGGUCCACAGAACGGGGCACAAUAUGGGGCACCCUUCGUUGAGGAGGAAUGGGAGGAGGAUGACGAAGAUGUUGGUUUGCUUCCAGUGGAGAGAAAGGCCGUUGGUGACCAUGAGGUUCCUGGUGCUAUGGAGAAAGGCUAUCUACAAAUGAGUGAUCUCAUUCAGGGUUUGGGUGAUCAAAACGGGAACGGUACAAUUGGUUUGCCAGUUUCUGACACUUCAAAUAAUAGCAACCAUUCUGAAGAUGUAGUUGGAAAUUCUGGGGACAUUUUAAGUGACCCAAACCUUGGCUCUAAUUUUCCGCAGUAUGUUGAGCCUGGAGAGCAAAAUAGCUUAAUGCUUAACGGAAAUAUGUUGUCUAAUGGCGACGCCGGGGAUUUUUUUAAUAGUUCGAGCCCCAAUGAUGGGUUCUUAGAGCUGAAUGAUUUUGUAGAUGCUGCAAAUCUGGAGUGCCCUUUGGGCAAUGAUUCCACUAUCUGGCCUUCAGACGGUUGGGCCUGGAAAACACCUGACUCUUUGGAGGCUGUAAAUGAGGCCAACAAUGAGAUCCCUCCACUCCCUGGUGACCAGACUUCCCAGUCAGAUUUGUUGGAACAGUUGUUGCAGUCAAUACAAGAAGAUUCCCAUUUGGGCUCAAGUAUCAUUGACCCCCUGCAUUCUUCUUUAACAAAUUCAGUUAUGCCAGAGGAUGAUUCUGUGAUGUUCUAUGAUGCGCCAUUUGACUCCACCAUUUGUGAUGACGGUUUUAGACAGCUGAAUGGAGUUCUUGGCUCCCCAGCAACCAAUCUAUCUGGUAUUGACAUGGUGGACGAUGGUAUCCCAUACUAUGAUGCCAUGGAUGAUAAUUUAUUUAAUGAUAUUCUGGGAUCCAUACAGCAGGCAGCUGGUAGCAGUUCCCACGCUUAUAAUGGUUCGGUCCUUACCCAAGAGGUCAACAAUACCACCUAUACAUAUAGUCCAACUCAAAAGGUUUUAGAACCUAAUUUUGUAGUUGGUGCUCCAUCAUCUGCUAGGUUACCUGAAGCUGGUAGUCAGUUAAAUUGUGUUGUUUUACCAGAUGACCAAGCUAAGAGUAGUUCUAUCGGAAAGCGAUUUGUGAAGAUGUUGGAUUCGAUCUCCGCUCCCCCUGCUUUUGCGGCGGAGUUGUCGGGUAACCUCCGCAAGUCCUUGGCUCCUAUUUCUGGAGCACGGCCCAACACCUUCCAUGUCUCUGCUGAAGUGAUCAGUAUAGGAAGUUUAUCUGUCGCUUCUCGCCCAGACAAGUGGGCCCUGCAAAAGGAUCAAGGCAUGGAGCUACUCUUUACAGGAUUUGAGCCUAAUGCCCGUAUACACUGUGGGUGCAACACAAUAACCGCAGUACUGCGUGGUGGCUUCUGCCUCUUCCUCUUUUCGGCAAUAAUGCUCUUGGUGAGCUACGAGGUGGGCAUGUGCAUCUAUGGCAAGUAGCCUGGUCUGGUUAGGUUAAUCUUAUGACGUUAGGUUAAUCUUUUGUGUAUUUGAGGCAGACCGAACUGGGGACCUCCUGCUGGCUUAAGUUUUAAGUUUAUUGCAUUGCAUGACAUAUCCUCUGCGUGUUAAUGCUGAGGCUGUUAUGUUAGCACAAGCAGUACGGUUUUGCAGCUCGAGAGCUAAUGCUGUAUGUAUGAAUUCCCCUAGUGCUAUUACUAAUAGUAUGUGAAUUGCUUCU